AUGGCAACGGAGGAGACAACAGACGAGAGAAAGGAGUUUGGCAGCGGUGUUUUAGGAAAAGAUGAGAACGUUAGUGGGGGGUCUGUGGUGGUUGGUUUCGGCAAGGAGACAGAGAAUGGCACGAGAAGUGGCUGGACUUGGAAGAGAGGACAAUGGGGAGUGGCUGGACUUGGGAGAGAGGACAUCAGGGAGUUUGACAGCGGUGUUUUGAGAGGACGACAGAUUGAGAGAGCAGCUGAGGGAAUUUUACAUUUUUGGAAUUCAAAAAAUGAAACGUCGGUUUUGGCGGUGGUGCUUCGGGAGAAAGACAGAUUCAGAGAGUAG